CUGACUUCACUCUCCUCCGUUCGGCCGGCACAGGGUGACUCAAAGAAAAGCCAGGCAGGCUCUUCGAUCCUUGCAUUCUCGUACAUCAACGCAAUGAAUUCGGGACUAAGGGUUCUCACGUUCUCAAUGCAUCGCAUAGCUUCUUCCACCAGAAUGAUAUCAACCACCGCUGGACUGAAAGGAUACAACUUCCGGAAGUGUGGACAUGAAAGCGAUAUGAAUGGGCCACUGUCUUCACCAUCUGGCUUAAAACAAGUAUCCUAUGCACGAGUCAAGAAGACACCGCUCUCCGGAAGCCCGGUGGGAGGCUUCAGACCACUAAAAGACACGUCAUGCAAGGAGCCAGGAACUAAGAAUUCCAACUGACUCAUAUGUCAAGCAUUGACCAUCAUUGUCCGGCAGUACAACUGGUCAAGCUCGCUAAAAAGAAUUUCGUCUUUAUGUUGUGGACGGAAUAAAUAAAGGACUCCUUUUUGUAAACUUCGUUUUUCCGAUCUUAAAUAAAGUAGCUCUCCGUGCUUCCCUUUAA